AUGUUAAAAAUAAUAUUCCCAUGCCUCGCUACCGCCGUACUGUUGUUGCUCUGCGUUACACCUGGCCAACCGUUGCCAACCGAUGGUGUCCACGCGACGCCGAAUGCACCAUUCACGACGCUCAGCGGAUCACCGGAGUCCGGCGCGACUCCGGAGACGUUCGCGAACGGCACCAACCUCGUCACGCGUGUACGGGCCGUCCCGUUUAGCGAUUCCCCCGGUGGGGCAUUUUGGACGGUCGGUGACGCGGCGGAUAGAUUAUUGGGCCGAACGGAAGACGUGCCACCGGAUUUGCGACGCUUGGUGUGUGACACGCUGGUGGCGGGUGGCCUCGGCAAGCGUGUGGAAGUGGCCCUCGUCCAAGGGCAAACGGGCGAACGGACUACUACGGUGGGUUUGAUUUUGGACAAGGACGGAAGACCCAUUCUUGGGCUUAACCUGGAGCCGGGCGGAACGCUGGAUUGCAUCUCGGGCUGGGGAGAAAGGAUUGCGAUUGUGUUUGAAUAUCGCGACUCGCGUCCCAAACGAAACAUCGAUCACCAUGCUGGGGGCAGCAAAAACGCCAUUAAGCGGCAACCGGCGGACACGGAACAGUUUAGCGAGCCGCGUAUCGACGGCUACCGCGUAGAGCAUUCGGAUAAGCACCUCGAGACGGAGGACGGCGGUGUUCCGUCGGUGCACAGUAAUUCCCCGGUGAUGUUGCGCCUGUUUGGCACGGGAAUCACCCGCGGCACGGUGAUCAUCUUUACGCACGAGCAGCAGCGCCACGGUGGACCAUGCCAGGUGCCGGUGACGGAGAAGUUUCGAGUUAUGGAGGCCGAUGCCAGCGGAACGAGCGGGCUGGUGCCAGUGGAGCUGCCGGACGUUACGAAGCACAAGUACUUUUACCUGUGCGCCAAGUACGAGGCCACUGACCCAGUGUCAACCGCGACGACCGCGACGACCACGACGCAACAGGUGCUCGAUACCGUGCAACCGUUCAUCCAUCAGGGUUCGGAACCGUGGAUGCGAAUGACGAGUUUCACGCCCUUUCUGCCUGUUUGGCUAGCGUUGAUCAUCAUUGGGGUGUGCCUCGUAUUUUCCGCCCUCUUCUCUGGGCUCAAUCUAGGUCUCAUGUCGUUGGAUCGCACGGAUCUUAAGAUCCUGUGCAACACGGGUACGGAGCAGGAGAAACUGUACGCCAAAGCGAUUCAACCGGUCCGCGAUCACGGUAACUACUUGCUGUGCAGCAUUCUGCUCGGUAACGUGCUGGUCAACUCGACCUUCACCAUUCUGCUCGACAGUCUCACGUCGGGGCUGGUGGCCGUCAUCUGCUCCACGAUAGCAAUCGUCAUCUUCGGUGAAAUCACUCCGCAGGCCAUCUGCUCUCGUCACGGUCUGGCCGUCGGUGCCAAAACGAUCUUCGUCACCAAGUGCGUGAUGCUGAUAACGUUCCCUCUCUCGUAUCCCACCUCGAAGAUCCUGGACUAUCUCCUGGGCGAGGAGAUUGGCAACUUUUACAACCGAGAGCGCCUGAAAGAGUUGGUAAAGGUUACCAACGAUAUGAAUGAUUUGGAUAAGGAUGAAGUGAACGUCAUUUCGGGCGUGCUGGAGCUGCGCAAGAAAACCGUCAGCGAGGUGAUGACACGCCUCGAAGACGCGUUCAUGCUGUCGCUGGAUGCGGUGUUGGAUUUCGAAACCAUCACCGAAAUCAUGAAAUCGGGAUUCUCUCGCAUUCCAGUGUACGAAGGGGAUCGUCAGAACAUUAUCGCACUGAUGUACAUCAAGGACCUCGCGUUCGUCGACCCGGACGAAAACUAUCCACUGAAAACGCUGUGCGAGUUCUAUCGCAACCCGUGCCAUUUCGUGUUCUACGAUCUAACACUCGACGUAAUGUUUAAGGAGUUCAAGGAGGGCCACAAAGGCCACAUGGCGUUCGUGCACCGUGUCAACAGCGAGGGCGAAGGCGAUCCGUUCUACGAAACGAUCGGGCUCGUUACGCUAGAGGACGUGAUCGAGGAGUUGAUACAGGCGGAGAUCAUCGACGAAACGGACGUGUUCACCGACAACACGCGCAAGGUGCGCCGCGACCGGAUCAAGCGCCAAGACUUCACCGUCUUCGCGCAGAGCCGUGACACGAACGCGCAGCGUUUGCGCAUUUCGCCGCAGCUCACACUGGCCACGUUCCAGUACCUUACGACUACUGUCGAUGCGUUCAAGAGCGACUACGUGUCGGACACGAUCCUGCGUCGCUUGCUCAACCAGGACAUUGUGCAUCACAUCAAGUUCAAGGGCAAGGAAAAGAACGAUGCUCGCACCAGCAUCAUCACCCGCGGGACGCAGCUCGAUUACUUUGUGCUGAUACUGGAGGGGCGCGUGGAGGUGACCGUCGGCAAGGAGAAUCUCAUCUUCGAGAGUGGCCCAUUCACGUACUUCGGUGUGCAAGCGCUCACGCAAAACGUUGGCUACGACUUUGCCGGUGAUACGCCGCAGCAAAUCAUGGGCUCGCUGCAGUCGCUGAACCGCGAUGCGAGUCUGCGCCACACGUUCAUCCCGGACUACACGGUGAAGGCGGUGACGGAGGUGCUGCAUUUGCAGAUUAGCCGCAAUCUGUACCUGGCGGCGAAGCGUGCGACGCUCAUGGAACGCUCGCAGCGUAUGGGCAGCGAUCAGAUGGAUCCACUGGAUGCGGAGGUUGAGAAGCUGCUUCACUCGCUAGAUGAAGAUGAUCACAGUAUAACGGCCGACACGACGAACCUGACCGUGCAUUCCGGCACGAAGGCCAGCAAAGCGUCCAGCAAGGCAGCCUCACCGACGAUGGCCUUAAAUGAUCAUACUAACAAAACGAAUUUCAAUGUGCCUACCAACAACCAUACAGUAUUAGUGCACGCCAAUCUUUCCAGUGCCGCUGCUGUCAACGAGAAUAAUAUAGCGACAUCCCCAACUACCGGCGGAAGUUCGACGGGCACUGCUGCUGCUGGAAACCGAAAGUCGUCGGAUUCCACGGACCCUAGCAGUGUUCCGCUCCUGUCCAAGCCAUAACGCACGCCGUACCAUAAUGUCGCCGUCGUACUGGGGUACAGCUCCGCAUCACUCCUCUAGUGUUACCACUUCGCCCGCCCGUACACGGCGCCUCAUUCGGUGGUGAGCGCGUCGGUUCGAUCCCCACUCGUCGCCGCCCAGCAGUUUAAGGGGAUUCGAGCGCUGGGAGGCGCAACUGCCGUUCCUUAUUCCACGUUGACUUUGACUCGUAUUAUUAUUGCUACUACUACUACUACUGCAACUAUUACCAAUUCUCAAUCGCUACGAUUACCACCACCACUUGGGAGCCGUUAGUAAGCCGCGUGCGCUGAAGUCCUGAUAGUUGAAGUUGCAUUUUUCGUUUUUUAUCAUCCUCUACUAUUGUCCGGUUUAAGAAUGCUGAUCCGAAGAGAAUGAAACUAAUUCUACGCGAUACGCGAUAUACAGACCGCGCUUCCCGCCGAGCGACGACCCGGCGGGAAGUGCUGUCACUUCUGUAAAUGGUUUGUAAAAUAAGGCAAAAAGUUAGUUAAAAAGCGAACAAAGUGUAUCGAAUUGCUUGAAGAGUGCCCGUCCUGCGGUGGACACUUCGGAAAUCGCAGGAUCGCUAGUCUCGUCCGUGGGGGUGAGUUGGAGCGCUAUUAUCCUAAGACAGCGUGCAAGACGUACUUACGCGAUGUGUGUUUGCGCUACACGCAACAGUUUGUCUGUCUGUGUGUUUGUGUAUGUGUGUUUGUGUGUGUGCGGACACGUGCUACGCGUUUGUUGCACUGUUUCCAAAUAAAACCAACCAAAUAGUAACACUGUUGCGGGAAAACGAAUUCAGAGUGUAAGAAAACAAAAAGCGCGGUCCCCGUCGCCGGUUAAAAGGCAAAGGAGGGCGAACACGAAAAUGGGGAAAACCCUGCAACGGGUAGUGCAACAACAGAGAGAGAUAUCGGAACAUCGUACCUGCCACACGGAACGGAAAGUUUACGCAAAAAUAAGGGCGAAGUAUUUGUUCUCCGUUUGCCUCGAGUUGAAUUGAUCCUUGUUUAGAGCGAUUGAUAGUAAAAAGAAUGAUGAAUACGGUAGAAAAAAAAACGCUACCACACAGCACCGCGUGAGUGGCGGUGCACGUGCUGAUGGUACGGAGAGUUAGCGAAAAGUUUGCGUUUUUUUGUAG